AUGCUCCGUCUGUUCGCUUCCAGGCUGAAACAUUUCUUUAUCCGGUCCCUGACAAAAUCUUUGUAUUUAUCAACAUCGCAUCGGCCAAGAACCUUGGUCCCUUGGCUACUCUCGGCGGUUGCGGUCACCCUGAGGACAAUGAGGUUUAAAGGCGCUGGGCAUAUGGCCAUAGUGGCCUUGCGCAUUCUACCGUUUAUCGGCCAUGUCUAUGCGCUCGACCUCGAUGUUAACAGUCAGGAAUCGAUCAAAGAUGCCGGGAGCACCGCCGCCUACAACAUGAUGACAUGGUACACACAGAACGGGACAGACAAUCCAGGCUUCAUCUCAAGGUCCUGGUGGACAGGAGCCGCUUUGUUCCUGGCAUGUCUCAAUUAUUGGCAUGCUACGAACGACACAACCUAUAACGAGGACGUCAGCAUCGGGUUACAACACCAGGGGGGUGCGGGCGGAGACUACAUGCCUUCCUGGGCGGUAGGAGUAGGAAAUGACGAUCAAAUGUUCUGGGGUCUGGCGGCGAUCACUGCAGCAGAAUAUAAAUUCCCGAAUCGUCCAAGUGGAGACACCUGGCUCACCCUUGCAGAGGGCGUUUUCAAUGACCAGAAAUCGUCAGACGGGAAGGGGUGGGACACGACUAUUUGCGGUGGUGGCCUUCGCUGGCAGAAGGAAAUCUGGCAAAGUGGUUAUACCAUGAAGAACGCGGUGUCAAACGGUGGCUUUUUUAUGCUGGCAGCACGUCUCGCUUGGUAUACCCAAGAGGAAGAGUAUGCUACGUGGGCUGAGAAAGUCUGGGACUGGUCCACCACUGUGAAUCUGGUCAAUAAUGAAACAUGGGCAGUGGCAGAUAGUGUCAGACAAGGCACUGGGGGCCCCAAUGGCUGCACCUUGCCUGACCACACCAGGUGGACAUACAACUAUGGUACCUAUCUUUCUGGUGCUGGGUAUAUGUAUGCCUAUACGAACGAUACUAAAUGGCUUGAUAUCACAAACAACCUACUGGAUUCAUUGUUUACUACAUUUUUCCUACCCGAGCACGGUGGUGUGAUCACCGACUGGCGGUGCGAAGCUGUGGGCCAGUGCUAUAAAGACGCGAACGGCCCACUUUUCAAAGGCCUCACGGUAUCGUGGCUUUCAGAUAUUGCAUUGAUCAUCCCUUCCCUUAGGGAGAAGAUCCUACCCAAACUACAAGUUUCAGCCGAGGGUGCUGCAAAGUCAUGCACCGGCGACGGCAAAGACCUCUGUGGUAACCGCUGGUACGGCGGGUAUGAUGGACAGAAUUCGAUGGAGAAUGCAAUCAGUGGUAGUCAGAUGAUGAGUGCUGUUAUGCUGAAGUUUCUAGGCUCGUCCUCAAAACCAGUCUCGACAGCAACAGGUGGAAACGGUUCGAGCGACCCGAAUGCUGGCACUAGGGGGGGAGGUCGGGAUCUGCACCGUUGCCUCCUAUUACAACGGCAGAUAAAGCAGGAGCUGGAAUCCUGGCAGUGGUUUUUGUGGGUGGUAUGA